ACCAUUGGAGAGCAUCACCAAAAGUUCCCGCCCCGGAGACUGACUGACUGACUGGCUUGAAUCCGGACAGACAGACUAUAACCAACGACAUCGAUAUUCGUUCAAGAAAACACUUCCAAUACAACCACCAAGCAAACCCGUAUAUACGGCAUCAGACUCUCAUACAUCCCAUCCCCCCCUCACACUCCUUCCUCCCCUCCGCCACAAAUCGCACAAGAUGUCUUCCAUCCUCCGCAAACUCCAGGGUGGAAACCUCGAGGUCUUCAAGUUUGGAACCUACAUCCUCUUCCCCAUCGGCUGGAUGUACUACUUCGGCACGAACCUCGACGACCGCUUCACCGUCAAGGGCUUCUGGCCCACCGCCGAACAAUCCCACAAGAUCCCGCUCGAGAAGGAGGAGAUCGACCGCGAGCUGAACCGCAUGCGCAUGAACGACGCCGUCCGCCGGGAGCGGAGGCAGCGGGAGGCGGCGGAGGCGGAGCUGCAGCUGGCUCAGGCGCAGUCUCGCGCCCAGACGGAAGCAUCCGCAGAGUAGCCUCCCUCCUUUUCGAGAGUGACUUGUUUUGUUUGAGCGGGAUGGGAACCAAAAAAAAAAAAAAAAAGGUUGCGUUG